AUGAACGACUUUGUGAAGGACACCCUUUCCAAAGCUCCCGACACCAAGAUCUACUUCGAGUGGACUCAUCCCUGUCAAGGGUGGCAAGAACCUCCAAUGGUCGACCUCGAGACCUUCCUAGCAGCCUUGGACAUUCCCUGGCUCUCAUGCCGCAUCGAUGGCUGCGUCUAUGGCAUGAUGGACUCUCGAGGUGAACAUCAUCUUCACAAGAAGUGGCUUGUCAAGACCACCUGUGAACACUUCCAUGCCACCUACAAGACUAAGGUAUGCCAUGGAGGCCACUCACACACCUUGAUUCAAGGCGCCGAGACCGCCAAGAGCGCCUACUACCCUUGGAAGCUUGUCCAGUCCUGGGCACGAUUCUGGAGAGCUGAGAUGGUGUCUGAUCGCAAUCUUCGGCUCCUCUUCAUGAAGCAGGACUCACCUGCUGCAUUGGAGAAUGAAGAGCUCUACCUCCUUGCCGACGAUGACGGUGGCACCCUCAAUGCUCUUCCUGCUGAAGAAGCCCUACAACCAGUGGAGGUUCCUUCUGAACAAGAAAAGAAACAAUGGAUGGCAAGGGUAGCUCACUUCCACAAGGCAGCUGGCCAUCCUACCAACAAGAACCUGGCCAAGCUGAUCAAGAAUGCCGGUCAGCCAGCCUGGAAGUCUGAGCUGGCUUUGGAACACAAAUGUCCGGCCUGUGAGGCCAUUCGACCUGGCGGCACUUCCAGCAAGAACAUUCCACCGGCGAGCACUCACUCUAUGUGGAGUGCAUGGCAAGCUGUUGGCAUGGACACCGCAGAAUGGCAGAUUCCAGCCACCAAGAACAAGGUGAAGUUCGUCCUCAUGAUGGAUCUGGCUACGAAGCUUCGUGUGGUUUGGCCCAUCAUGGAGUACCCCAACAUGGAGAUGCGAGCUGAAACUGCUGACCACAUCAUUGAAGCCUUCACUGAGCGCUGGCUCUCCGUCUUCCCAAAGCCUGAGAUGGUGAUAGUUGACAAUGGUAAAAGCUUCACCUCUGAUCGCUUCAACACCUUCCUGCGGGAGUCCAACAUCGCCGUGCACUACCCUCCUGAGAAGGAACCCUGGGCACAUGGCAUCUUAGAAGCUGGCAUCCAGGACAUCAAGCAAGUGGCAACCGUCCUCCACAUGGAGCAACUGGACCUUCGGCCGGCUCAUACAUUGGUUCUGGCCACUUCAGCUCUGAACCAAACUGAGUACACUGCUGGGUACUCUGCUCAGCAAUGGGCCUUCGGGAAGCACUAUUCCCUGACCGAUGAGGACCACCGCACGUAUGAGCAGGUGGAACCUUCAACUGACUUUGCACGCCUCGUUCAAGCCCGACAACAGGCUGAAGAGAUCGCUGUGAAGACCAGGUCAAAGAGAGUUCUGAGCAAGCUCUCCAACACUCUGGUUCGCCAGCCCUUGAGAACUUUUUCUCCUAUGCAGCUGGUCAAGAUCUGGCGACAAUUCCAACCAGCUGAUCAACACAAGGGCAGCCGUGCCACUGGCAAGUCUACGCUGCAGCCCUCCGACUACAAGCUGAAACACCGCAGCAGUCCAUUGGGACUACAACCUCCAGAUCGUGAAGUACAACACUUUGUACCUCCUGCUCACGCUUCGAGCUCGGCACGGCCCUCCAACUCGGCCCUACCAGAGGCUGAGGAAACUGCCAAUGACUACGAAGACUACACCCCGAGUCUUCCUGAUGCCGCUGCUGAUGAACCUCCUGAAGAUGAACCACAACCUUCAGAGAGAGAUCCCAAAAGAGCUCGCAGUGAGUACGAUCUGAAGUGGGUGGAGGAGCUGAAAUCUCACUCUGAGAUUGACAACAAUGAAGUCUUCAGCUACCUCACCGAAUGUCAAGAUGACUUGGACGUCUUGGUCAUGCACAUCGAUGUGGAGCCUGAGACUAAUACCAAGAAGAAGGCGCUUGGCGCCAUGACCCUCCCUCAGCUUGCACCGGCCGAACUCUGCCGGUCAACGGCCACGCACCGAGGGGAAAGCCAUCAUCGUGGACACGGCUGGGGAGCGGAGCUGGCGGAGCUGGGAAGCCAUGCCUCCACCCACCAGCCUGCCGGGGGGCCUUGUUUCAGCGGAGCGGCGGAGACGGAUCAUCGUCGUCGGCCGCGGGUAGUGCAACCGCCCAAAGAGGAGGAGAGCACGCGCCGCGCCGUACGGAGGAUCCCGCUGGCUGCGGGUCCUUGGAGCCAUUUCGGCUCGUCCGCUGCCCGCUUGACUGAGCGCUUUCGGUUCUCCUCGUCCCGUGCCAAGGAAGAAGAAGCACUGGAGUUCGCCUGUUGCUGUGCAGCGAGCACUGGGCCAGAGGAAACCUUUGAGGCCAACUACCAGGCGUUUGCCUCGGACGAGUGCUUGUCAGCCUACUUGGCCAAGACUGGCUCCACCAGCAGCAGCGGUCCGUCACGGCAGGCGGAGAAGUCGCGUUUGCAGGCCCUGUUGAAGGACUUCGCAAAGAGUGCCACCAACGCUGGCUGCCCGUGUGUAUACUUCAAAGAAGGCACCUGGGAGCGUGCGGACCGUGCACUCUAUCGCAUGGACAACCUUCUGCAGACCUUGAUGUUGAUCAGCGGUCAGGGCCCACAGCAGCUGGAAGUCACAUGUCCGAUCACCGCCAUUGAGGACAUUUAUUGCAUGGCCGAAGACGGACCGAGUUACUUCCCUCCAGAGGUUGUGGCAGCCCUCACGCCGGAGGAGAAGGAACAGCUUUUGAUGAUCGUCUUCAGCGACGCGGACGCCAAAUUCGUCCGGCUUUGCUUGGCACAAGAGUCCAGACAAAGCCGUGAUGACUUCCUGGAAUGCAUGCGGAUCCUUUCGGUCUACGCCCAGUCUCAAACGGACUCGAAGGUGAAGCCGGAGCCAUGA